AUGGAAAGUCUUCUGUGCAAUGAGGUGUGGUUUAUGAGCCCUACAACCACUGUGCAUCACAACGUACAAGCCAAUGAUCAGUACUAUAAUGUAAGAAGGAGUGAAUAUAGUACUACUAGUUGUUUCUACUCAACCAGAGAAGAUUGUGAAAAAGCUAUUGGGAUUUUCCUGGAGAAGGAAGCCGGUUACAUGCCAAAAAUGGGAUACUUGAAGCAGAUUGAGUCUGAUAAUUUGAUUGAUCAUGCUAGGUUUAAGGCUAUCUGCUGGCUUAUUAAGGGAUGGAAAUAUUGGAUGUUUGAACUACUUUCUAUCGCAUGUUUAUCAGUUGCCUCCAAAUUCAAUGAAUCAAUCACUGCGCCAUUGCAUGAAUUUCAGGUGGAGGGUUUAGAUCAUUCCUUCUCAUCAAGCCAGAUUCAGCGGAUGGAAUUGACUCUCUUGAAGGCUUUAGGAUGGCAAAUGGAUUCUCCAACUCCAUAUUCUUACAUUGAAUUGCUGAUACGCACCAUCAAUACCUUAAACAAAACCCUUGUUGAUAAUCUAACCGUACGCGUCACUCAACUGCUUCUUAACACCCUUUUAGAUUCUAAAUUCCUGGAGUUCGGGCCUUGUGUUAUUGCCAUUUCUGCAGUAAGAUGCAUACUUGAAAAUGAUACAUCCCUUGAUCAUUUCGACACAUUUAUUUCCCAAGAUCAAAGGGAAGAAGUGAACAAAUGCCAAAGCUGGAUGGAAAAAGAAUUGUCGACAGAUUACAGCUACAUAUUCCAGAAUGCAAAUUACAGUAGCCCUGAAAGUCCAGUAACAGUAUUAAAGGUGGAGUGGGACAAAAUCUAUGACUGUCAACUUGAUCUCUUUCUCUUAAAGAAGCCAUGGAUGAACUUCAAUUUCAGAUCAAAUAGCAAGAGGAAGAGAGAAGAACAAGAAUGUGCACUCUGA